AUGGGUCCAGCUAUUCACCCUUUUGAUUCCGUCAAGGACUUCGAAGUCAGACUUGCUUCUAAGCUUGUAAAGGACUCAUACCCAGCAGAUGCUAAUGUUCAUUUUGUUCAGAUUGAUAGAUGCGAUCCUCCCAAGAAGGAUAUGCUCAAAUACUUAGAAGCGGAAAAAUUCGGCAGUGAGUUACCUCCCAUACUGAGAGUAUUAUAUGUAUACUACUAUACGAACAAAGUGGACUUUAAUAAGGCAUUAGUUAAUGUUUCUAUUGGACACAUCAUUACGAAGACUCAGUUACCACAUGGUGUUAUUGGUCCUUUCUUACCUGAUGAUAUGAUGGAAUUGGAAGACUUCUGCAAUAAUCAUCCAAUUGUUAAGGCAGAAAUUGAAAAAUUAAAAUUGCCUAAAGGAUACACGGUCAGAAACGAUCCAUGGAUUUACGCUACUGAUGAUCCAAACGAAAAGAGAGGUUUGGUCCAGUUUUUCAUGUAUGUAUUGGCAGGUAAUGGUCAUACAGAGUCAAAUCACUACUCUUUGCCUUUAAAGUUUUCACCUGUGUUUGAGGUGUUCACAAACAAAUUCGUAAGAAUGGACUUCUUGCCUGGUGGAUUUGAUGAAACUACAACACCUACUUUUCCAUGGCAUAAAGUUCCAGCAGUUGAAUAUUAUCCUGAUUUAAAUGGAGAAACUCAAUUUAGAGACGUCAAGCCUUUAAUUGUGAGUCAACCGGAGGGUCCUUCAUUCACCAUCGAUGGAUCGAAGGUUAAAUGGCAAGGUUGGGAAUUCAGGGUUGUUUCAAGUGUAAGAGAAGGAUUUGCUAUCUACGACGCUAGUUUCAAAGGAAGGUCAGUAUUCUAUCGUCUUUCUUUGAGUGAAAUGACUGUUCCUUACGGUGAUCCAAGAGCACCUUAUCAUAGAAAACAAGCUUUUGAUUUAGGUGACUGUGGAUUCGGAGCAAAUGGUAAUCUGUUGCACUUAGGUUGCGAUUGUUUGGGUGUUAUCAAAUAUCUUGAUGGAUUAUCUAUCCACGCUAAUGGCGAGCCUAUUGUCUUACCAAAUACUGUUUGUAUGCAUGAGCAAGACGAUGGUAUCUUGUACAAGCAUGUGAACUAUAGAACUGAAAAUGCAGUCGUUGCAAGAAGAAGAGAAUUUGUAGUUCAAACUAUCGCAACCGUUGCAAAUUAUGAAUAUGCUGUGAAUAUCAAAUUUGUCAACGAUGGUUUGAUUGAUAUCGAAGUGAGAGCCACCGGUAUCUUGUCCACUAUGCCAAUUGACGAGAAUGUGACCGUUCCAUGGGGAACUAUUGUUGGACCGAAUGUAAUGGCCGCUUAUCACCAGCAUAUCUUAUCUUUCAGAAUUGAUCCAGCAGUGGAUGGCCAUAAGAAUACCGUGGUAUACGACGACGUCGUCAAGAUGCCUAGAGAUAAACUUAAUCCAUAUGGAGUUGGUUUUAUCACUGAAAGAUCCUACGUUGAAAAAGCGGGCCAUGUUGAGCAAUCACCAUUCACAAAUCGUUCAUGUAAGAUCAUUAACGAAAAUGUCGUGAACCCUGUUUCUAAGGGUCCAGUAGGCUACAAGGUUGUCAUGCCAACAACUCAGACGAUUUUGGGCGAUAAAGACUCCUUCAAUGUUAAAAGAGCUAAAUAUGCAACAGAGCAGUUGUGGGUCACCAAGUAUAGAGAUCACGAGUUAUUUGCCGCCGGUGAAUUUACUAAUCAAUCACAGACUGAUACUGGUUUGGGAGUAUGGGCCAACGGUACUGAUAAUGUCAGAAACGAUGAUAUUGUCGUUUGGGCUACCAUGGGAUUCACACAUAUUCCAAGAGUCGAAGAUUUCCCAGUUAUGCCCGUUGAAAUUCACAACAUUCACCUCUCACCAGUUAAUUUCUUCAAUAAAAAUCCAGCCUUGGAUCUUCCUCAAGCCAAUAAUAACUUCAACAAGUCGACUCUUUUUGCAGGAUCCUCAUCUGAGAAGGCUUGUUGUAAGAACAAAAUCUAA